AUUUAUUUAAUUUCAAACUUUCUUGAGCAAUUAGUUCACUUUUUUGACCAAUUAGUUAAUUGCAUAAUCCAAUUAGUUAACUAUUUUAACCUGUUAGUGAAACAUUCAAAGCAAUUAGUUACACAAUGAAAUUGUUUUGUUUUUAUUGCUAUUUAUACUGCUUAUGUUCAUUACACAUUCUUUUUAUUUGCGCAUUGCAAUAUAUUGAACUACAUUCAUUUAUAGUUUCAAUUCACAUAAUGAGGUCAAAAAAUGCAAAUAAAGCAUCUGAUUAUCACGAUGCUGGGAAGUCGAGUCAAGAUGUUGAAGGCAGUUCAAGGCCGACUGAAGAUAUUCCAGCUAGUCCAAAGCUGAGUGCAGAUGAGAGGAAAAUUGGAAGGGGGCCAAAGAAGUCGAAAGUUAAAGUAGAAUAUACGGAAGAUGGCGGGGAAGUUGUAGAGUUGGAUAGGGGUUACAAACUAAAUUGUAGACCAGAGGCGUUGAUUAAUCUUCUUAAUUCUAUAAAGAAGAAUGAAAACAAAGUGAAAGCCAUUAAAGAGAUUGGUUUUGGUGGUUUGUUGAGUGUUCGACUUCAUGAAGUCAACACACGCCUUGUUCCAUGGCUGCUUCAACAUUUUAAUUGUGUUGGUCAUAUGCUCCAGUUUGGAGAAACACAAAAUGUUCAGUUAUAUGAUUAUGAUGUCUAUGACGUCUUUGGCUUGCCAUGGAACAAGGAUUUUGAUGUUCAAGAGACGCCAAGAAAGCGGGUUGAAGGAGAUGCCAACCAUGAAAUGAUUCAAAGAUGGAAUGAGAAGUUCCACAAGAAACCAACUGUUCAGGCACCCACCUUGACGGAGUUGGAAUCUUUUUUGAAAACAGAUGAAUGUGGAGAUGAUUUUAAACGUGCGUUUGUGGUAUAUGUUUUAGGUGUAUUUUUGGCUCCUACGUCUAACCGGUUGUUAGACAUCAAGGUUUUGAAGGCUGUUGAGGAUGUUUCCCAGAUUGUGAAACAAAAUUGGUGUAAAUACGUGUUAAACCAGCUUGGGUUUGCUGUCGAGAGGUGGAGAGCGAGUGUCAAAAAUGACAAGGUUGGUGGUUGUGUUCUAUUUUUGGAGAUAAUUUAUCUCCAAAGAUCGUUAUUUCGGGGUGUAGUCCCCCCUAAGGAAAUCUCACUUGUUCAACAUUGGAAUGAUGAACAAGUGACUGAACGUCUGGUUUCCGAAGAGAAUAUGGGUUUUGGGUAGCUUUGGUUGAUAUAACCAGCUAUCCCGUGUCUAAGACUUUUGCUGAUUUGUUAGGGGGUCUUAACCCUAUCAAACUCGAGGUUCCUGAAGCUUCUGCUGCUCCUGAAGCUUCUGCUGCUCCUUCUGCUUCUGCUGCUCCUUCUGCUUCUGCUGCUCGUGCUGCUCCUGCUGCUUCUGCUAAACCUUUAGAAGGUGCACCGGAUAAUUCCCAAGCUGAUCGAAGCAGGAUUAUUGAGUUUCAAAUUCCGGAAAGUCUUCAAACAGAUGCUGAAAUUCAAGCAACCUGCGAUGAUGAGUUGCAAUUGGCAAUGAGAAUAUAUUGUCGCGAUUUAUAUGUUGUGUCCAGUUUCCAUAAGGACCGUAUAAAUUUGUUAAAGAGUCGACGACAAGAAUUAUCAGACAGUCCAGGAUAAAGUGAUCCUGUGUUUUUGGAGAUAAUUGACUCAAUUGUUGCCUAUGCUGAACACUUGAGAAACGAAAAUAAUGCUGUUGAUGAUAAUGCUCCUUCUCAAGCUGUUGAUGGUGCUGCUGACAAGGGGCCAAUUCAGGAGAAUGUUGGUGCUGCUGACAAGGGUCCUGGUGAUAAUGGACCUGGUGAUAAGGGGCCAAUUGAGAAAAAUGUUGAAGGUUCUGGAAAUGUUGCUCCCCAAGAUGCUGAACCUGAACGAGAAGCUAGGAGUUUCUAUAGCAGUCUUCCCAUUGGUUCUGCUACAGAAGAAGUCUUCUGCUUAUCUGAGUUAAUGGAGAGAUUUCCGAAGACCCUCGGUCGUCUGAGGAGACUGGAAAAAGAAGUAAUUGACUUCUGUUUCUUGGAUGAUGAGGCACUUGAUCAACGAGGAAGCUUGAAGGUGCUCUUAAGACGAAGUCAGCUGAAUCUCUAAAUCAAAUUAUUGAUGAACUUAUCAAUAGUUGAAAAUAUUGGGUGCAAAUCAAUGACCACAGAUUCAAUCUGAAAAAUGUGGGAAUGUUUUUCUUUCCCAUUAUUUACCAAGAACACCUCUCUCUGUUGAUUGUCAACAUAAAUCAGAGAAGUCUUGUCUAUGUUGACAACAUAAUUUGGAGUAAGAAUAUUCAUGAUGAUUAUAUGGCAAUGGUGUCAUUGCUUAUUGAAGGAUUUGCACAGUUUCUGCUAGAGAUUGGUCAUGCGGCUGCUGCUGAUUGCUUAAAUUUUGAAAUGUCAAUUCUGGACUUUGCUGGGAGAUCAGAUAACCCUGAUCAUGUAGAUUGCGGAAUUUUUUUGAUGACAGCAAUGCAGUACUUUAAUGGCAAAAAUAUUCCCAUGGACCUUUCCUAUCGCCGUACAAGGAGAAUGUUACGGGCUAAGAUUUGUUCAACCUUAGUCCUUUCUGAUAUGAAUGAAAUUCGGGCUGAUGUGCUGGAGGAAAUGGAAUCAUUCAACAUGACUAAAGUUGGUAUUUCCCAUGCUGUUCGUGAUCGCCAAAAGAAAAAGAAAGAAGAAGAAGAAAGACAGAGAAAAGAAGCAGAAGCAAAGAAGAAGCUAGAAGAAGAAGAGGCUGUAAAGUUGAAACAGCAGGCUGAUUUAAAAAAGGCUGAAACUACAAGGAAAAGGUUAGAAACAAUUGCAAAAAGAAAAGCAUCAGCCCAAGAGAAGCCAGAAGGAAAUGACAAUGCUCCUUUGAGAACAUAAAAGUCAUCAAGGCGAAUUGCCAAGAACAACGAACCAGUGGUAGCAGCUGAAGCAGUGCCAACAGUAGAAGCAGUGCCAUUCUCUGAAUACAAAACUAGGUACCUUAAUAGAAUAACUAAUUCAUGGAAAAGGCUAACUAAUUCAUAGAAAAAGUUCACUAAUUGAUAGAAAAAGUUAAGUAAUCGUACAACAAACUAACUGAAGUGAAUACAAAACUAGGUACCUUAAUAGAAUAACUAAUUCAUGGAAAAGGCUAACUAAUUGAUAGAAAAAGUUCACUAAUUGAUAGAAAAAGUUAACUAAUUGAUAGCAAAAGUUAACUAAUAAUACUAUAAACUAAUUGAGGGAACAAGUUAACUAAUUGAUGGAAAAAUUUAACUAAUUGAUGAAAAAGUUAACUAAUUGAGGGAACAAGUUAAUUAAUAGAUGGUACAAGUUAACUUAUUGAUGAUAAAAGUCAACUACUUUUUAGAAAAAGGUAACUAAUUGAUGAUAAAAGUUAACUAAUUUUUACAAAAAGGUAACUAUUUGAGGGAAAACGUUAACUAAUUGAGGGAGCUUAUUUUGAAUUAUUUACUUGGUAUAUUUCAUAAGUCAGUCAAUCUAAUUCAAUAUAUUAGUUAAGCAUUAAAUUCAAUUAGUGAAAUAUCAAAUUCAAUUAGUUAAAACUUAUUAAUGAAAAUAGUUAACUAAUUGCUGCAAAAAGUUAACUAUUUGGUGGAAAAGGUUAACUAAUUGAUGGUAAAGGUUAACUAAAGAGUGGUAAGUUCAACUAAUUGAUGCAAAAAGUUAACUAAUUUUAGGUUAACAAUAUUAGUUAAACAUAGUCAUCCUGCAUAUUGUGACGUCAACAAUAAUUACAGUAACUUGACUUUUAAAAAUAAAAUCAAUUAGUUAACUAAUUGAGGGAACACGUUAACUAAUUGAUGAAAAAAGUUAACUAAUUGAGGGAACAAGUUAAAUACUUUUUAUUGAAAGGUAACUAAUUGAUGGAAAAAGUUAACUAAUUGAUAGAAAAAGUUAACUAAUUGCUGAAAAAAAUUAACUAAUUGAUGGAAAAGGUUAACUAAUGCAUUGUAAGGUUAACAAUAUUAAAUAAUUGAGGGAAGAAGUUAACUAAUUGCUGUAAAAAGUUAACUAAUUGCUGUAAAAAGUUAACUAAUUGUAGUAAAAAGUUAACUAAUUGCAGUAAAAAGUUACCUAAAUUGAUUAACUACUUGAUAGAAAAAGUUGUUAAAAAGUUAAAACAAUAACUAAUUGAUGAAAAAGAUAACUAAUUGAUGGGACAAGUUAACUAAUAGAUGGAAAAAGUUAACUAAUUAUUGUUAAAAGCUUAAUGGAUGCAAAAGGUAAACUAAUUAAUUGAUGAAAAAGUUAACUAAUUGAUGGAAAAAGUUAACUAAUUGCUGAAAAAAGUUAACUAAUUGAUGGAAAAUGUUAACUAAUGCAUUGUAAGGUUAACAAUAUUAAAUAAUUGAGGGAAGAAGUUAACUAAUUGAGGGAACAAGUUAACUAAUUGCUGGUACAAGUUAACUAAUUUGAUAAACACUAAAUUCAAUCCAAUGUCACUAAAAAAGUUGUUCUUUUGGGGUAAAAGUUCCAAAUUCUGUAGGUGCUGUUGACGAUGUUCUUAUCUCAAAGUAUCCUUUUUUUUCUUUUACUUCUUCCUUUUGUCUUCACUAGUGGUGGAUUUUCAACUAUUAUUUGUGGUGCAUUUGAUGAUGAUGAUGAUGUAGACGGUGCUAUGUUGAUUGUGGUUUGUUGUGCUUCAACAUCGUCUUGUGCCUUUUGUGCUGCC